GAACACCUUAUUCUUGCAUUUAUUUCUGUCCUUGCGUUUAUUUUUCAUCCCCUUCUUCUUGCAUUUAUUUUUCACCACCUUCUUCUUGCAUCCCCUUAUUCUUCCAUUUAUUUUUCAAUCACUUUAUCCUUUCAUUUAUUUUUUUUUCCAUCCCUUUGUUUUUGCAUUUUCUUUCCGUCCCCCUUUGCGCUCCAACCUCCCUCCAAACUUUGGAUCUCAGAUAUUAAACAUUAUCCGUAUCUGCAAGCCCCUCGUCCCCCCUCCCUGCUCCCCGAAACCCCCUUCGCCAAAGACCAUGGUGCACUGCGCCGGUUGCAAAAGACCCAUCCUGGACCGCUUUUUGCUCAACGUCUUGGACCGGGCUUGGCACGUCAAGUGUGUCCAGUGCUGCGAGUGCAAAUGCAACCUCACUGAGAAGUGCUUCUCCAGGGAAGGCAAGCUCUACUGCAAGAACGACUUCUUUCGGUGUUUUGGUACCAAGUGUGCCGGCUGUGCGCAAGGCAUCUCCCCGAGCGACUUGGUGCGCAGAGCCAGGAGCAAAGUCUUUCACUUGAACUGUUUCACCUGCAUGAUGUGCAACAAGCAGCUCUCCACCGGCGAGGAGCUCUACAUCAUCGACGAGAACAAGUUCGUCUGCAAAGAAGAUUACCUGAGCAACAGCAACACUGCCAAAGAGAACAGUUUGCACUCAGCCACAACUGGCAGCGACCCCAGCCUCUCCCCCGAUUCCCAAGACCCCUGCCCGGAUGAUGCCAAGGACUCCGAAAGCGCCAAUGUCUCCGACAAAGAAGUGGGCAGCAAUGAGAACGACGACCAAAACCUGGGGGCCAAACGGAGGGGCCCCCGCACUACCAUCAAGGCCAAACAACUGGAGACCCUCAAGGCUGCCUUCGCUGCUACACCGAAACCCACCAGGCACAUCCGCGAGCAGUUGGCACAAGAGACUGGCCUGAACAUGAGAGUCAUCCAGGUUUGGUUCCAGAACCGGCGCUCCAAGGAGAGGCGCAUGAAGCAGCUGAGCGCCCUGGGGGCCCGGCGGCAUGCCUUUUUCCGAAGCCCACGGCGCAUGAGGCCGCUGGUGGACCGCCUCGAACCUGGAGAACUCAUCCCCAACGGGCCCUUCUCCUUCUACGGAGAUUAUCAGAGCGAAUACUACGGACCCGGGAGCAACUACGACUUCUUCCCGCAAGGACCCCCUUCCUCUCAAGCUCAGACGCCGGUGGAUCUCCCGUUCGUGCCGUCCUCGGGGCCCUCCGGCACACCUUUGGGGGGCAUGGACCACCCUUUACCGGGACACCACCCUUCCAGCGACGCCCAGCGUUUCACGGAUAUCUUGUCCCAUCCGCCAGGUGAUUCGCCCAGUCCGGAACCCAACUUGCCCGGUUCCUUGCACUCCAUGUCGGCAGAAGUUUUCGGCCCGAGCCCGCCGUUUUCUUCGAUAUCCGUCAACGGCGCCGGCGGCAACUACGCCAACCACUUGUCGCAUCCGCCCGAAAUGAACGAGGCUGCCGUAUGGUAGCUUUAAACGCCGGGACUGAGCGCCGGGUCAACCUUCCUCCCGCUUAUAUUGAGGUGUACAGAGAUGCGUUCAAACAUGUAGAACAAUUUUGUUUUCGUCACUGCUUUAAGACGAUAUCUAUUGUGUUUUUUUGGAGGAGAGGGGUUCCCUUUUACCCUCUUUAUUCUUUUGUUGAACUGGACCCUUUCAUUUCAGAUCUAAGUCCAGAUAUGGUUUUGUUACGGACCGAACAGCGGCGGUGGGGGGGGGAAAGGGACGAUCUUCGUAAUACGGAACGACGGACCGGCGACGGAAAGGACAAAAACUUUUUGUACCGAGUGGCAAAAGACACUGACGGAGCGGAUGUGUUUCGAUACUACCGUACUGCCAUAUAUUUAUGGGGUUGCAUAUACUGGGCACCCGCGUUCGCUGGAUGGUAACUCUAUGAAUCGGGUGGGGAAAGAACAAAACCGUUCUCAGAUAUUGAAAGAAAAGGCAAGGUCAACCACAACAAGGAAAGCUUCAAGGAAACUCCGAGCAGUUUUUGAAACCAUGGUUUGGUCACUUUGUUAAUUUUCGCCUUCGGAAACCGAACGCAACCCGCGACGGCAGAACUUUUCAGCCUCGGAAACGUCGGCCGAGGCGAAAGAAACGUAGGUUUUUUGCUUUUCGUUAUUUUUGGGGAAUCGUUUCUGUUUCGUUUUGCGUUCCGUUUUCCGUCUCUUGGCCAAAUGAAAAUAGCCGAUAUUUAAACGUAAAAGCCCUCAGCAUCAACUCUUCUACCUUUUCGGAGCGACACACGCCGAUAAUCCUCAGAACCCAGAAGUCCUUUUUUUUGCGAGGCUUCUAAAGUUUCAAAGAAAGAAAAGACUUGCAAAGAAACGAACCACAACAAAAGCCGUCUACCUUCACGGAAACGAGAAAAAAAAGCUAAACAAAGAAAAAUAAAAAACCACGCAUAAAUAAAUAAAUAAAUAAAUAAAGACUCUAUGGAACUAGAAAAAUAAAACAGUCAACUGUUUACGUCGAAUGUUAAAUUCAGGAGCUCAACGUUUUACUAUAAUGAUGCUACUACUACUAAUAAAAAAAUCCUGUUUUAGAACCUCUUGUUCAAAAGCAACGUGUUUUGAGCAAUCAACCAAAAUAGUUUGUUUUCUUUUCCUCCUUCUUCUUCUCCUUCUCCUUCUUCUUUUCCGUAGAUGUUAUAUAAGACAUUACAGGGCUUGUGUUUCACUGUGCUAGUUUGUAAAAGGUGGUGUUUACAGAAGGCAAAGAAUAAAAGGAAUACCUAUAAAAAAACCAGAUAGUUGCCAAAUAAAACGAUUCUAGAGCACAAAAUAUCCUUUGUUUCGGGGGGGACGUCGCACCCGCAGCCCACAAAUGUUAAAGGUUAAAAGCGGGGGGGGGGGAACAAAUUGAACAUCGUUGCUAAUGUUUAGUCCUGUUUCACAUUAAUGGGAGUGUUAAUACGACUGAUAUAGACCCACACAGGUUUUAUUUUUGUGUCUUUGAAAGAAAAAAAGAAAAGAAUAAGUCCAGAAUAUUUAAAUUUUAUGGUCGGAUACGCAGCCGGCAGCUGCUGCUUUCUUUCCUUUCCUUUCCUUUCCUUUAUAUAUUACUAUUUCUCAUAUGUCUUUUAUUAUUGUUCAAAUAAAACCUAAGCUUGUGUGACCUCCAGUGCAUAUUAGACCAUUCACUGUAUGAAAAGGGGUGGGUUUGGGGAAAGGAAAGGCGGAUUACACAAAAGUUUGUGAAUUUUUAA